AUGCUACUUUUCAGCGAGAGGGCCCCACAGUACGCAGACUAUCUCAUGAUACUUUGCUGCAGGCUACUGUCAACUUUGACUUACUCAGCAGGCCAAAUAGAUCUUUCACAGAUUCCUGCACUUCGUGCUUCUCAAGCACAAUUGUCAAGUGCCGAAUGCUGCCUACAACAUACAUGCCUUCGAGGUGCUCUGAAAUCAAGGAAUCGACUACAUAACAUGAGGCCCUCCAUUUGCUGCAACUUUAUCGCAAGUAUCCUGAGACACCCGUCAGGACAUGCUGAUCAAACUGCUUUGUCCUAUACGUUUCAAGAUGACAACGUAUAUCAAUAG